AUGACCAGACGAAAGCCAUGCAGGACAUGCAGAUUAUUUGUACAAAGAGCUGAGUCCGAGACCCCUGCUGCAAGGCAUGUUGCCAUCCGGGCAGCGGGCCACGUCCUUUCGGGAGCGGUACCUGAAGUGACGAUGCCAUCAUUCCGUAGGCAAUGCAGUAGGUACUAA